AUCAUUGUUUUCAAUUCUUUUAUGCAUAGACUUGUUUGUAUACAUGCUUGAGACGUACAAAUGUCAAUCUCCAUAUAAAAAAUUUUGACAAUCGUGUGUUUGCUUUCAAUUGCAGCUACCUUGUAAAAUAUGACAUGUGAAAUUACCUACGGUUGGCAACUUGUUAAUGCAAACGUAAAAAAAAGACAUCGAACAUUUUAAUUCUACUAGUUUUGGAGAAAAUGUUUUUAAAACCAUAUAAAGUUAAAAGUAAUGCUCCACUUAAGAGUUCGGACGUUAAGAAACUUAAACAACGGAUUCAAAGAGAAUUCCCCAACACAAAUCCAGAUUCUUUAAUUGCUCCUAAAUCUAGUGUUAAUGUUCUCAAAUUGGUGACACAUGGAGAUUUUCAGACAAAUGUAUACUGCGCGGAUAAAAUGCCAAUGUUUUUUGAAAAUGAAGAAAAUAAAUUGGUGCCCACGAUAUAUAGUCUGUGGCAGGUUACAGAUCUGUUGCCGUAUUUCACAACUCAUGCAGGAGUGCUACCAAAAUUGAAUAAUGGUGCUGACUUAAUGCUGCCGGGAGUAAUACCGCAAGGUACAGGCAUGAAUAUAUAUGGCCACUACAAAAAAGGACAAUUGGUUGGUGUUAAUUUGACCUCUAAUAAAUCAGCUGUAGGAGUUGGCUAUUUACCCAGGUCGAGUGAUGAUUUGUAUAUGUGUGGCGGUCAUGGUGUAGCUGUAAAGAUGCUUCAUUUGUUUGGUGAUAAAUUGUGGGCUCAUGAGCCCUCUUUGGCUCAACAGGUUCCGCAAUUUAAAAGUACAAAGUUAACAGAUAAUGACUUUCCAGCUUUAGGAUCUAAACCGCCAAAUAAAAAGCCAAGCGAUUCAAGUGCUCCACAAGAAAAUGUCAUUCCUGAAAAUAUAGAAAAUCCUAAUAUUCAUGUGGAAGCAGAAUUGGAGAUAAAGGAAAGUUUUGAUAAUAUUGUGAACGAUAAGGAAUUGGGCAAUAACAAAGAAGAAAACAUUGAAAACACUCCAGAAAUUGUCUUAAAAAACGCUUUUCUUUCAGCACUUAAAAAUCAUGGAAAAAACUUGCAGUUACCUCUAUUGACAAGUAAUUUCUUUCGCCUAUACGUUGUGCCUGAAUCACAGGAAACCUUGGAUUUAAAAAAGACCAAAUAUAAGAAACUAUCAAAUUUCUUGAACGAAAUGAUCGAUCAAGGAUUUAUAGUGGUGCGAGAGGAAACUAAGGGUGUUGAUAAAAUUACUUCCAUUGACUUGGAGCAUCCGGAGUUGGUAAAUUUUAUAACCGAUUAUAAAAAACCAAAUUCGGCGGAUGGAUCUGAAAAUCCCCUCUUUCACUCGGAGCUGACUGAACUAUAUAUAGUUACUGAUGUUACUGCCCCUUUCUUCACUAAACUUAAUUACAAACGAGGUGGUGGAAUACCAGCAUCACAAAUAAAGAAGGUCAUAAGAGAGUAUGUGAACAAGCUAAAUUUACCCUUAUCGAAAGAUCCCAAAGACGAGGAAAAGUCUUAUAUUUUAGAUGACUGCCUUGAGAAAAUUUGCAAUGCUAAAACAGCUCCACUAAGUAGAAUUACUAAUGCUGUGAUAUCUCAAAUGGAUCAUUCAUACCAGAUGUGCACUGCGAAAGAUGUUAGGGGUAACAAGCCAAUGAUUCAAAUGUCAUUAGCUACCAGAUCUGGCAACAAAAAGGUAACGUUGGUCAGUAAUAUCGAAUCAUACGGAAUAAUUUUGACAGAAUUUAUAAAGCUUUGUAAGCAAGGCGCUGCUGCAAGCACAACAAUUGUAACAUUGCCAAAUCAGAAUCGUGAAAUGCUGCAAAUACAAGGCAAUCAAGUUCGUUUUGUGUACACUCUCCUAACCGAAACAUAUAAGAUACCACCAAAAUGUAUUUUAGGAUUAGAACUGGCUAAAGAUGGCAAAAAGCACAAGAAAAAAUAAAUGUUAACAUGUUAUAAA